AUGAGUUUCUCUUUGAAAUUACUGCGACCAGCAGCGAGGAAACCAUGGAGGUCCACAAGAACACAGCAUUGGCGAGGAUACGCGACAGUGGAGGUGCCUGCGUCGAAGCUCAGCUUCGGGCAACCGCUGCAUGAGACUCACCCUCACCUGCUGAAGCCUGGGGAAGUCACACCAAACAUCACUGCCCUCGAAUACUACGAGCGACGCGCACGGCUCGCGAGACAACUCCCGCCAAACUCAGUCGCGAUCCUCGCUGGCUCAGACCUGAAGUAUGCCUCUGGUGCAGUCUUUUACAAGUUCCACCAGGACCCCGACUUCCUCUACCUAACCGGCUUCAAGGAACCAGAUGCCCUCGCUGUCAUCGAAAAGCUCGAAGACGAUGAUCACGUUUUCCACCUCUACGUACGCCCAAAGGAUGUCAAGGCUGAGAUAUGGGAGGGCGCGCGCUCUGGCGUUGAAGCUGCCGAGGACGUCUUUAACGCCGAUGUCGCUGGCGACAUCAAUCACCUGCCUCGAAUUCUGCCCGAAAUCAUCACGCGAUCGAAGCACAUCUACACAGACCUGCCCAGCAGCCGCGUACCAAAGAACGUCCUUUCGAGAUUUCUAUCAGCCUCUGAGCCAGCACGGAUGGGAGGCAUACAAAAGAUCUUCCGCGAUGCACGAGACGAGAACGAGAUCUCCAUGAAGCCACUGCGCCCGCUGCUGAAUGAGCUUAGAGCUAUCAAGAGUGAAGCAGAGAUUCAAAACAUGCGCAGGGCGGGACAACACUCCGGACGCGCCAUUACAGACGCAAUGCGCCAAUCGUUUACUGCCGAGAAAGACCUCGACUCCUUCCUUGACUACUGGUUCAAGCAAGACGGCUGCGAUGGACCUGCAUACGUCCCAGUCGUCGCUGGGGGCAUUAAUGCUAACACGAUUCACUACGUGUCGAAUGACAUGCAGCUGAGACCCAGCGACCUCGUCCUGGUAGAUGCAGGAGCGCAAUAUGGCGGCUACGUUACCGACAUCACUCGGACAUGGCCUGUCUCUGGCAAGUUUACGCCAGCGCAGCGCGACCUCUAUACUCUCCUCCUCAACGUGCAACGGUCUUGCGUUGCUCUUUGCCGUGUCUCUGCCCAGAUAUCACUCGACAAGCUGCAUCAAAUUGCAGCCAAUCAACUCCGUGAUGGCCUCAAGGACCUGGGUUUCGAUACAUCAAACGAUGCUAUCCACACACUGUUCCCACACCACGUUGGUCACUACCUUGGUCUGGAUGUUCACGACAGCCCUGGUUUACCAAGAACCCGGUAUCUCGAGAAGAACAUGGUUGUUACCGUUGAGCCAGGGAUAUACAUACCUGACGAUGAGAGGUGGCCGAAGUGGGCGAGAGGCAUCGGUAUGAGGAUUGAAGACAGCGUGUGCGUUGACGAGGAGAGCCCCUUUGUGUUGACCACAGAGGCCGUCAAAGAGAUCGCCGACAUCGAAGCGCUGAAGGGUACCGUGACGGAGAUAUAG